AUGGUCAGUUCAUCCUUUUCUUUUUUCUUCUCUUCAUCCUCAACUUAUCAUCGUUUGAUUACUAUUAUAUGUAUUUUACUUUUAAAUCCAUUACCAUUUAUUUACGGUGUGCCAACAGAAAAAAUUGAUAAUAAUGCUAAAUUACGACGUCAAAAACGACAUGUCAACUUCAAUAAUGAUGAUAUAUUGUUUAAUAAAGAGAAUUUUAUGCCUAAACAAGAAAUUAUUUUUGAAGGACUAUUAGGUUGCAAAUAUGAUUCAAACGUAUGCAAUCAAUAUGAAACUUGUUUAGAUGAUGCACUUUUUGGCCAAUGUUGGAAUGGUGAAAGAUCAGUGGAAAAUAGUCUUGAUGGGCUUACGAAAAAUAAAUUAUCGAUAUUGGAAAAUACAGUAGAAUUUUUAAAUCGUUAUCAUCUUGAUUGGAAAGAUUUUAUGACACAAUGUAUUCUAUCACAUAUAUUAUUUGCUCAACAAAAUCAUAAUAGUUUACAAUUAUUUUAUCAAGAUUGUUUAAAUAAAAAUGAAUUUUUAAAUAAUAUUGCAGAAAAACAAGAAGAUGUCGAUAUUAAUCAUCGUCAAAUUGAUGACGAUUAUAUGGUAGAUUCGCAGGAAUUAUAUCCAUGGCCAAUAAAAUCAAAAAGUUUGUUUUUUGAUCUUGAUAGAUCACCUGAUACAUUGUUACCAAUGAGUACGAAAGAACAAUCUGAAUUAACAUCAUUUAUCGAAGCAACAUCCCAUCAAAAGAUUCCUAUUGAUAAUGACGAUUUUGUAUCUAUAGAAAGACCAACAAAAAUCAUUGCAAAAGAAUCGAGCAUGAAAGAACCAAAUAAAAUGUCUAUGCAAAUGAACGAAGGUUAUCCAAGUUUAGUCGAAACAUUACAAAUUAAUAACAAUAAACAAAUAAUACCGAAAUUAAGUCAAGAAGCAAUGAUGAAUAAAAAUCUGGCAAAUAACAAUAUGUUAUUCAAGGGUACUGGUGUUCAUCGUUAUUUGACAGCUGAAACAACUAGCGGCUAUAUUGUAAUCAAUCGAGACUUUAAGGAUCAAAUAGAAGGAGCUCGAUUAUUGGCACUUAUUGCGCAAAUGAAUUAUUGGCCAGCAACAAUAUUUACUGGAUUGAAUGCGUAUAAAAAUACAUUUACAUUUCAUGUUUUGAAUAAUGCUUAUCGAGUUAAUGCAAGCAAUGUUGUUAAUGCCAUUCAAUAUAAUCAACAUAUUAUUGAAAAUCAAUUAGGUAUUCAUAUAAUCAAUUCCGGUAUUGGUAAUAUAAAUCAAAGUGCUCAAUUAUCAGUUGAACGACAAAAUGGUUCACGUUUACCAAUUCUUAUAUUGGCUACCUGUAUUUUGGCUAUUUUUAUUAUAUGUUCAUUUACAUUAUUCUAUUUUAUUAAACGAAACAGUCAUAUUCGAGAUAAAUUUGUUGAAAUAACUCGAAUUAAAGGUUUAUCAACGAAUGAUUAUCAGGAUUUAUGUCGACGACGAAUGCAAACACAAUCAAAAGAUCAGAAAUCAUCAGAAACUCAUCAAGUAGCAUCAAGCAAUAGUCGUAUCAAACAUAAUAGUGAACGUUCAUCAUCACAAAGUUCUACAUCAUCAUGGAGCGAAGAACCUGUAACUCCGAUAAAUAUGGAUAUUAUGACUGGACAUUUAAUUUUGUCUUAUAUGGAAGAUCAUCUACGUGAUCGACAUCGUCUAGAAGCUGAAUGGCAAUCACUAUGUACUGAUGAAGCAAAUGAAGAACAAGCAUCAUGUUCUGUUGCACUUUCUGAAACGAAUUAUAAAAAGAAUCGUUAUAUUGAUCGUAUACCAUAUGAUCAUACUCGUGUUCGACUUGAAAAUAAUGAUGCCGACGAUGAUGAUUAUAUAAAUGCAAGUACAAUUGUUGAUUCUGAUCCAAAAUGCAAAUAUAUAGCUACACAAGGUCCCAUACCAAAUACAACAAAUGCAUUUUGGCAAAUGGUUUGGGAACAAGGAUCAUGUGUUAUUGUAGCAUUGGCUAGACCAAUUGAAAAUGGUAUUACAAUGUGUCAUCAUUAUUGGCCAGUUGAAGGUUCUGCACGAUUCAAUGAUUAUGAAGUAAAUCUUGUUUCGGAACAUAUUUGGUCGGAUGAUUAUGUUGUUCGAAGUUUUUAUUUAAAAAAUCUUCAAACAAUGGAAACACGUACUGUAACACAAUUUCAUUAUUUAACAUGGGAUGAAUUGUGCAAUCCACCAUCAGCUAAAUCUUUACUUGAUUUUCGACGCAAAGUAAACAGAUGUUUUCGUGGUCAAUCAUCGCCUAUUAUUGUUCAUUGCAAUGAUGGUAUUGGACGUACUGGUACAUAUAUCUUACUUGAUAUAGUCUUGAAUCGUAUUUAUAAAGGAGCACGAGAAAUAAAUAUAGCUGCUACACUUGAACAUAUUCGUGAUCAACGACCUCAAAUGGUUAAAACAAAAGAUCAACUUCAAUUUGUAUUUGUUGCUGUGGCUGAAGAAGUAACUUAUUUAAUAAAAGCAAUACCACACUAA